UUUUUUUUUUUUGUCAAGUAGACUGGGAAAUUUUGAUGAAUUUACUCUAAUUUCCUAGCUUUGUUGGGGCAGUGUGAGAGACGAGAUGAGUAUCUGUUUUCGCUGGGUUUCAAAUUUGUCUUCUUCUACUACUGGAACUCUCUCAACUUGCAAAACAUACGGUUCACUUCCAUUGAAGCCUCCGCUUUUCUCCUCUAUCCUCCACCUUCCUCCUCGUCCUAGAUUUCAACUCCUAAUCCGAGCUACGGCUGCCAUGGAAACAGAUCAAAGUGCAGUCACAAGCACGACCGACAACUCCUCGAAUCCACCGAUGAAACUCCUUUUCGUGGAGAUGGGUGUUGGUUAUGAUCAACAUGGGCAAGAUAUCACAUCUGCAGCAAUGAGGGCAUGCAGGGAUGCUAUUUCUUCUAAUUCAAUUCCUGCAUUUAGGAGAGGAUCCAUACCUGGGGUCUCGUUUGAGCAAAUGAAAUUACAGAUCAAAUUAGGUGUUCCUCAUUCUCUUCAACACUCAUUGGAUAUUGAGAGGGUGAAGUCUGUUUUUCCUUAUGGAAAAAUUUUGAAUGUUGAAGUUGUGGAUGGAGGACUAGUAUGCUCAAGUGGCGUGUAUGUAGAAGAAAUGGGAGAUAAGAAUGAUGAUUGUUACAUAGUUAAUGCUGCAGUUUAUGUUGGUUACUAGUUUUAUUCCCCCUGCCAUCUUGAGAGUUUCUUUCAAGUAUUUAGACCAUGGCAUCAAGUAGACUGCAGUCUUUGGGCGCCUAUGCUAAAAGUUGGCAUGCUUUUGACACAGAAUAUUUGUAUAACUGCACCAUCUUUGUAUCCUGCUGCUUGAUCCUAUGUGAUGCUUCCUCUUUUGUUUUGUUUUUUUUUUUUUUGUGGAAUUGGUGAUUUUUGGAACACCCUAUUUUCCCUAGAAGAAACAAGUAUAAUUCUUGUUAUACACGAACUGAUCUUUCAGACAAUAAUAAUUAAUUGCUAAACAUAA